UACACCCCCAAGUCAUACACAACAAUUAACUCGCUACAAUUUCUCGACGUCGACAUCGACUUGUUCCACGGAGGUCAACAUCUCACACUGACUGAUCCCUACAAUAGAAAGAACAAAAGAGAAAUUCGACACCAUGAAACUCCUGACGACAAACUUCCUCACCUGCGCCGUCAAGGCUUGCAAGUCCUCCCCGGCCAGUUUCCCAUUACACUUCAAGGACGCGACCCUCGAACGUACCGAGAUCGACUACAACCCUCUGUUCGUGCGCAACAUUUUGCCUCGAGUGAACUGGGAAGCCCUCACCGCGACGGCGACCGAAUUGGGCCUACAGUCUCUCCUACCCGCCACGAAUCCCGUCGAGACCGCCGACUCGCCGCAAACCACGACCGACGAAAAGGAGGACGCCGUGGACGACACGGUACUCAAAAACCUGCACAGUCUCCUCCUCGAGACGGGCGUGGUCGAAGGGAAACUGGUGUGCGCAAACUGCGGCUUCGAAUACCCCAUCAAAGAAGGCGUGGGCAAUUUCUUGUUGCCGGCACAUUUGGUGUGA